UUUUAACCCAUAAGGAGUGUCGCGACGUUGCAGAGAGUAAACAGGCACUAAAAGUAACUAGUAAUUACGCCCCUCGUAUUUUUUUCUCAUUUUUGCAGCUGCUGCUCAAUUAACCACCCCUUUGCCAAGUUCCGCCCAGGAAACACCUUCAUCUAAUUAUUUAUGCGACCGAUCGUUACAACAUCCAAUAAAACACUGAAGCAGAGCUUUCCUCGGAACUAUUCUGCUCUGGGUAGUUGCUAAACGGUUGUAUUUCUGUGAAGGAUUACUUUGGUUGCCUGAUCGUCGCUAAAUUAGUGUUCUUUUCAAAAGUUAAUACAGGGGGACACUAUGGCAUUAUCUGGAAUCCGUGUGUUGGAACUGGCUGGUCUGGCUCCGGCUCCAUACUGUGGAAUGAUUCUUGCAGAUUUUGGUGCAAAAGUAGUACUUGUGGAUAGAACUGUGCCAGUCAUGGCUUCAGCUAUGUUAACUCGUGGUAAACAAUCGAUAGCCCUAAACAUAAAGAAGCCAGAAGGAGCAGCAGUCUUGAAAAAACUGAGCAGUAAAUCAGAUGUUCUCAUUGAACCAUUCCGAAAAGGUGUUAUGGAGAGUUUGGGUCUUGGUCCAGUGGAACUGCUGAGAGAAAACCCAAGACUUAUUUAUGCUAGGCUUACUGGAUAUGGCCAGAGUGGACCUUUUGCUAAGGCUGCAGGACACGACAUCAACUAUUUGGCAAUGUCAGGUUUACUGUCAAGACUUGGCAGAAAAGAAGAAAAUCCUUACGCUCCUUUAAACCUUGUUGCAGAUUUUGGUGGUGGAGGUCUCAUGUGUGCCAUGGGUAUCCUGAUGGCUUUGUUUGAAAGGACAAAGUCUGGCCUGGGACAGGUCAUUGAUGCAAAUAUGGUUGAAGGAACAGCUUAUUUAGGCUCAUUUGUAUGGCAGUCACAAAGUCUGGGAAUUUGGAGCAGACUUAGAGGAGAAAACCUGCUUGACACUGGAGCACACUUCUAUGAAACAUACAAAACCUCAGAUGGCAAGUUUGUGGCAGUUGGAGCUAUUGAGCCUCAAUUUUAUGAACAGCUGUUAAAAGGUCUUUGUUUAGAUCCUUCGAAACUUUCACCACAGAUGAGUGUUUCUGACUGGCCAGAGAUGAAGAAAAGGUUUGCUAAUAUAUUCUCAAAGAAGACACAGGCUGAAUGGUGUCAAAUUUUUGCUGAGAAAGAUGCGUGUGUUACUCCUGUUUUGGACAUUGAUGAAGUUUCAGAACAUCAGCAUAAUAAAGAACGAGGUUCUUUUGUUACCAAUGAUCAGGGUGAAGUUACUCCUAGACCAGCACCUCAUCUUUCAAGAACACCUGCUAACCCUUCUUUCAGUAGGGACCCAUUUGUUGGAGAGCACACAGAGCUUGUACUGUCAGAAUUUGGGUUUAAGAAGGAGGAGAUUGCACAACUGAAAUCUAGUGGGGUUAUUGAAUGCUGCCCGCCAAAAUCUAAUUUAUAACUCUUUUAUGAUCAACAUACUGUACCCCACACCAUAUUUGUUUCGAGAUAUAAUUUAUGUUGUGAUAUGAGAGAUUUCAUGUUAUGAAUUUACUCAGAAGAAUUACUUUUUGAAAAUUAAUUUCUAUUAAGGAUUGAAAGCAGAAUGUCGUGCAAGUCAAAAUAGCAUUGCAGAUAGCACUUCAGUUCAAAAAUGCUACAAUGUGGCAAUUUGUACACACACACACACACACACACACACACACAUAUAUAUAUAUAUAUAUAUAUA